ACGCAUAAAAUGCGCCUCCUCUUAUUCUGCACCUCCAUUCCUAUAUAAACAAAAUAAAAUCGAUGAAAUUUUCAUUUAUUGUGUUCGAGUCCUUUUCUCAACAUCGGCAAUAUUCAGAGAGAAGUACAUAAAAUUUGAGGUAAAAAAUUGGGUUUUCCAGUAUGCUUCCUUUUAAUGGCUCAGAAGCUUAGUUAAAGAGUGAACCAGAGUAUUUUCAUAGUUGCUGAUUGCCGUCAGUUUAAACAUUCAGCACAACAUGCAAAACCCAGAAAGCGUAGUCAAUGUAACAGUGAUAUGGAGGGGGAGCAAGUAUAUUGUAGAAACAAACACUAAUGCAUCUCUCAAGGACCUAGGAGAUGAACUACUGAAAUUGACUAACGUCAAGCCAGAUACUAUGCGCUUAAUUGUCCCACAAAUUUAUAGCAAAAGUUCAAAGCUGCUGUCUCCAUUCUCUAAGGAACAUUCACAACUGAGUUUGCACGAAGCUUCCAUCAUUGGGGAGAGGUCUAUUAGAAUGAUGGGAGUGUCUGAAGAUGAGGUCGAUAAAGUUCUACAAAAUGCAAAAAUUGACCAUAGAAUUGCUGGCUUUGAUGAAGAGGAAAAAAGAAUGAGGCAGCGGUCGUCAGAUAGAACCGAACCUUUGCUUAAACUACCACAAGGACCUUAUACAUUUAAUGAUUUUCGUACGCUUGAAAUUCCUGGAUUACAGCUGAACCCUCCAGCUUCAGAGGCAUUGAAAAGGAUGCAUAUGCUUGCUGCUGAUCCUGGAAUUAUUGCAAUAAUGAACAAGCACCGUUGGCGUGUUGGAAUUAUGACCGAGUUGGCCCCUGUUGGUUAUGUGGGUGUGAGUCCUAAAUGUAUACUUGGAUUCAAUAAGAAUCAUGGAGAAGAGAUAUCUCUGCGUCUUCGAACUGAUGACCUCAAGGGUUUCAGGAAAUAUGAAAGCAUCAAGAAAACACUUUUGCAUGAACUGGCGCACAUGGUAUACUCAGAACACGAUGCAAACUUCUAUGCUCUGGAUAAACAGCUGAAUCAAGAAGCUGCUAGCUUAGAUUGGACUAAGUCAACGGGACACACCUUGAAUGGGUUUAGGCAUCUGAACCAUUAUGAAGAAGAAUUUUAUGUACCAGACAAUAGAAGCUUCUCUCAGAAGCUUGGGGGAAAUGUUUCAGAUCAGCUGGAUAGUGCACGUUCAUCUUCAGUGGCCGCUGCUUAUCGCCGUCUAGCAAAUGCUUCUGCUAACAGUUUGGAAGAUUAUGGCAAAUAUAAAGAACCUGACCCUGAUGAUUCCAGUUUCAGCAUUAAUGAUAGAUCUGAUAUCAUAGAUCAUGGGAGAGAAGAAAAUAUGGACAUCGAAAACCCACACAAGGUUCAUUUGGAACCUGAUUAUGAGCCAGAUCCUGAUGAACAUUCUGGUGAUCAAAGUAUGUAUGAACCUUAUCCUGAUGAUUCCCAGAGUAAUCACCCUCUGCUGAUGGAGACUUUGAGAAGUGGGAUUCAGCUAAGCAAGAUCAUUGAUGAACCAGAUCCAGAUGACUCAGAAACAAAACAGCGCAAUUCAGGAUACAGAAACAUCCAGGGACCAUAUCAGAACAAUGGUCUUGCAAGAGAAGAAAAUAUAGACAUUGAAACUCCGCACAAGGUUCAGUUGAAACUUGAUUAUGAGCCAGAUUCUGAUGAACAUUCUUCUGAACAAAUUAAGUAUGAACCUGAUCCUGAUGAUUCUCAGAGUAAUCACCCUCAGCUGAUGAAGACUUUGAACGGUGGGAUUCAGCUUAGCAAAACCAUUGAUGAACCAGAUCCAGAUGACUCAAAAACAAAACAGAGCAAUUCAGGAGAAAGAAACACCCAGGGACCAGAUCAGAACAUUUCUCUAGUGUCUGAAAGCAUGGAAUAUACUUCACUGGAUAAGGAUUACAGAGAACCUGAUCCUGAUGAAUCUCCAGCAAACAUAACUUUGCGGACAGAGCCUGAUCCUGAUGAUGAUUUAGUGGCCUCACAGGAAAUAUCCAGAAAGAAAACUGCUGAAAGCAUGAUUAUUGAUGAACCUGAUCCAGAUGACUUGGAAGCAAAACAGAGCAGUUCACGAGAUGUGAACAUCCAUGAACCAUAUCAGAACAACCCUCUGUCGACUGAAAUGACAGAACCUGAUCCUGAUGAAUCUCAAGCUAAGAGAACCGAGCCUGAUCCUGACAGUGAUUUGGUGACCUCACAGGAAAUAUCCAGUAUGAAAAUUGAUGAGCCAGAUCCUGAUGACGAGUUAAAGAGAAUCCAAGAUCCUGUUACUGUUGUUUGUGGUAAGCUGCGGAAGGCUGUUGAGAGCCUGAGAGCUGAAGUUAAUUCCACAGAAGCAACUAUUGUGUUGCAAAUUCUUUUUAAAAUAAUUAGGAAUGUGAUUGAACACCCAAAUGAAAUGAAAUUUAAGAGGCUCCGCAAGGCUAAUCCCAUAAUCCAGAAGAAUGUUGCCAAUCAUAAAGCUGCGAUUGAAAUACUGCAAAUUGUUGGAUUUAUUGAAGAUGUUGUCUUGAGCGAAACUGGGAAAACAGAAACUUGUUUAGUGUUGAAACGGAACGAUCCAGGACUACUGUGGCUCGCUAAAUCAUCCCUCGAGGAAUGUGUAACCUGCUAGUCCUCAAGGUAUGAACAUAUUGAAACUGCAUUUGAAGGAAAAAGAACAAAAAAUAAAAGUGAACUGUGGAGUAUUGUGCCAUAUGUGAAAGUUGUAUAUUGCUUGUACUUGAUAAAAAACAUGAUUGAUUGUACUUCUGGUGGAGCAAAUCAUCAAGACGCCAUCUGUAACUAAAGUGAUGUUUUUGGACAAUUUUGAGUUUUGGAAUUGCUUGAUGGUACCAUGCAAUUGGGAACACUGGACAACAAACCAGUGGCGGGGUUGAUGUGGCUGACGGUUCUUACAUAACUUCCCAAUCAUUUGCUUAUGGACAGUGCAGUGUUGGGUUAUCUUACAAAGUCACCCACUUCAUUUAGCUGGCUUCAUAAAAAAUUCCACUUUUUGCUAUAUUGGAUUACUCUAUCUUUUCCAGUGCAUACAGUGCCUGCUCUAUUAAUUCGAACCCCUUUUUAUCACCUUUUCUCCCUUGGAAGGGAAAAAGAAAUCAAAUCGUCUAUUCUCCAAGGUAACCAGACUGUGUUGAGAGCCAUAGAAAUGGCUAAUCGGCAAGGACUUUUGAUAUGGGUCAAUAGGUCAAUGGAUUGGGUAUAUUUCUACGAACUAUUAACGUCUCUUUUAUAGAUUAUUGCAAGUCUAAAACAGGAUUGGGAGUUAUGAUCAUGAAAUUGAAGCAACUAUUGCGCGCUAUUUGUUUCUGCCUGCUGUGUUCUAGGCAAAACGUAUACUUUAUCAUUGUGAUUGUAUCCAUUAAGACUUUUUUCACAUAAAAUCUGUACAAACAAAAUUGUGAAAAGAAAAAUAAAACAGCUCAACUCACUGUACCGUCUA